GCUUCUUUGGCCAAGAUGCCAGCCAGAGUGCAUGAAACUCCCUUCAACUCAAAAAUGUAUCAAUUGUUUGCUCAAUUGGGCCGUACAGAAUUAGUCCAUUCUGACAUUACGUCAUUACCUGCUUUUACACCUGCAUGUCCCUCAUAAAAAUAACACACAAACGCUAUCAUAGCUUCCGUUUGUGAAAACUAAUUCAUUUUUUCCUUAUUUUGAGGCGUCUGGAAAGCUUACAGCCAAAUGCUGCAGUGUGUCAGCAUUCUCUGGAGAAAAUCUUAAUUCACGCCCUGAAAUCAGUUUAAAAGUCAGGGAAGCCAACUAUACCGGUUGCCUCUUCCAAAAUGGCGGCGCCGUUGUCCUGUCUAGCUUACCUCAAAGAGGCGUGGACAGUUGGUUACCGCAGUAACGAUCUCCGCGUUCCACAAACAGCUGAAUAUCCUGGGCAGCGUCGUGGAAGCAUCGUGAAUUAGACAGAAUAAAUCAUUCGGGCCGGCUUCUUUCAUGUGCCAUGUUUGAAGCACAGAGUGCAGUAGUCGAGGUAAACAGGCUGUGUGUGCCAAUCAUGGUGUGCCAUGAGAAUGACAAGGAGAACCCCAUGACUGUGAAACAGAAAUGCGAGAGACUUCGGGAGUCAUCACGUGCCCCCAUCACAUGUUUGGUGGGGACCAUGGAGAGUCUAAGUGAGAAAAUUUCUCAUCUACCAUUGCUGCAAAGACACAGCAGCUCUGUGCAGAUCAGUAGUGACAAAUCAAAAUGGCACCUGGAGUCUGCAGCUAAUGAGAAGAGAGAGAAGCCCCACAGUAUCCCUGGGUCAAAUUCGUGCAAAAGUAACAUGGCCACUGAAAAGAUUAGAGGACUGGAGCCAGUAGGCACUGCAUCAAAGAUGGAGGACAUACCUAAGAUGGUGGAGCUGUACCAGUGUCCACAGUUCAGGGAUGUGCCCGUACCUCUGCCAUACAACACUGCAUACAGAGCCAUCAUCACACGUGUUAUACAGGCACAGCAGCACCUAGUGCGCAAGCCCAGCUUGAAGGCUGUCUUCCAUAACAUUCUCUCUUCCCCCACUGUGGAACACUUCGUCAUCAAUUCGUUCUGGUGGAUCUUCCUGGAGAACUUUCAGCCCGACAGGAAAGCUCAGGAUCGACUGUUUGGCCAGAUUGCAGAGAAUUACAUCAGCAUUCUGACCCAGAGCUUGUCCUCUAACAGUGGCACUAUCUUCCUUCAGGAUUUCCCCAGCACACUGAGUCAGAUGCUGUUCUGCUGCUUCUCCUGCUGCUUCCCUCAAUCAUGCUGUUUCCGUGAUCCAGCCUUCCUCACAGCUCUGUGCUCCACCGUCUACCAGUGGACUGGAGGACUCAGUCCUGCUCCUGAAAUCUAUAAGCAAUGGGACUUUGAAGCUCUGGAGGAAAACGAGACCAGCAACAUUAUAGAUAGAGAAAAAAAGGAGAAGGAUAGUGACUCAUCGCUGACCUCUACUGAUAGUGUGUUUUCUAGCAUCUUCUUAUCUGAACCCUCCGGCAGCCUCACAGCUAUGAAAAAUAGGAUGAAGAGUCCAUUUGAGGUGAGUCAGGCCAAUGCAUUGUACCCCAAGAACAAGCUCACUACUACGAACCAUGCAAGCACUUGUGAGGUGGAGAAAGCAGCUUCCCAGAAUGUUGCAGACUCUGAUUUAAAAGUUCGUACUGACCAAAGAAACCACACAUUAGCCAGAGAGUCACAUGCAGUGGAUGGACAAAUAAAGGUGAAGCAUUGUGUGUUUAAUGUGUGGGGAAACUCUCCUCUGGUGCAGCACUACAUGAACACAUUGCAUCUGCAGUGCAACAUGGGUUACAACAUUCUAGUGAGGAGAGCCCAGCUCCAAGCACUGCCUCAGGCAGACUCACUUACUUACCGAGAUGUUUUGAGGCAGACAUGCCAGCGUUCCUCCUGCCAGCGGAGGGAACUGCGCUCUCUCUGGGCACGACACGCACAGGAAAUAAGCAGCGUGCAGCAGAAACGGGAAGAUGAACAAAAUCAGCUUCUCAGAAAACACAAGAAAAUCCUGUCUCAGAAAAAUGUGGUACACAAACUCUGCCAGCUGCUAGUGCCACCAGUCAAGGGUGAAGAGGGAAGCAAAGCACACUCUGAACAGUUGCUUGCAUUUAACACGUUAAUAGCUGGAAUUGAAUAACACACGCUGCAUCUGCUGCAUUUAGUGUGCACAUAGCGAAAUGUCACAUGACAUUAAAACCAGAAAGUGUUGGUUGCACAAUCUCAUUAGAUGAGCUCUUUGAAGCAGAAAUGAGCGAAAUGUUCAUCUUAUCUCUUUAAUCAACAUGCUUAUAAAUUUGAUUACAAAUUCAUGAGAAUCUACACAAGCGUUUUCAUAUAACAAUGUAUAGGAUUAUGGUCAAUGAUCAUAGAUAUUCAUUUAAUUUAAUUUGAGCUUUAUAUGACAACAGGACUGCAAUAGUAGGACUGCAAUACUUUGGAUAACCACUGGAUGACAGUACAGGCUUUGACUUUAUUACAAUUGUUCUCUUCACUUCUCUGUUCUCUUCAUGGACUGACGUAUAGAAACAACACUACAUAGCAAUAAGAGCUACUUUCAAAUUCCUGUUUUCUGGUCAAAUUAAACUAUUUUAUAGUUUGUGUCAUAUUGUUCAGAUUUCCCAUGUGUCCAGGAA